UUAAAGGCCGGUUACCUCAGAUAAAAAAAAAUCAACAAUGAGAUUGCAGUAAUUUGACACACAGGUAGAGUCGCGCGGAUUACAAUGAUUAACAGGCGAUGACAGCUGCAUUUAACAGCUGCAUUUAUUCUGAACCUGUCACUGUCGUUUGAGAAAAUAGUCGUUAACAACCUCAUUGAAUCCACCUUUCAACGUAAUUGCUUUGUAUAGCGAAAGUGCGUUUUCAACGUCGUCCCUGAAUGUCUAAACUACCAGGAAAUGCCGGCGUGUCGGUACUCGGGGACAAGUCGCUGGAGUUCUACCGGGACCCGGUGAGCUUCUGCCAGCAGAGGAUCGAAAAGCACCGAAGCAGAGUGUUUCAGUGCCGCGUGCUGAACAGACCGACUGCCUUCAUCUGCUCCGUGCAGGGAAUGAGAGAGAUUCUGUGUGAGAAGUCCAACAUGUUUCUGAAGGAUCCAACUGACUUGAUGACCAACAUGUACGGUGACACUGUUGUCACCACAAAUGGUGAGGAGGCAUGUCUUCUCCGUCUGUCUCUCUCCAGCCUGUUCACAGGAAGUUGUUUGAAAUCAUCAAACGAUUAUAUCACCAGUGUGUGUGAGCGCUGUCUGAAGGACCUCUCUCUCAGCGGCGGUCCGCAGUGUGCGUACUCUGCCUUCAAGCGCCUGGGGACAGAGUUGGUGUUGGGCCUUUUUCUGAACGUGCGAGCGGAGGAGCAGCCUGAACUUUUCCAGGAAAUCAUGCAGCUCUGCACCCAGCACUGGCAUGGUCUGAUCUCUGCUCCGGUCAACGUUAAGGUUCCUCUGUGGUCGUCGGGUUUUUCCACCGCUCUGGACGCCAGAGACAAACUGAUGGACAUCAUCAAAGACAAACUGGAGAAUGACACGCAGGGUUUUGUCGGCUCCCUUGGUUCUUUGCCGCUGCCCGACUCCAGUUCUGCCUCGCAGCAUCUCCUGCUGUUCAUCUCAGCUCUGAUCCCCAAAGCUCUGGCAUCGCUGCUCACCUCCUUCACACUGGCACUCAGUGGAAACCAACAGACCCGUCAACGAGCGAUGGAAGAGCCUGAUUACCUGCGCUUAGUACUGCUGGAGGUUCAGAGGCUGUGGCCUCCUUUCAUUGGUGGACGCAGAAUAGCUGAUAAGGACUCCACGCUCGCAGGGUUUCAUGUCCCAAAGGAUUACGGUGCAAUCUACAUCAGCCACUCCGUCCACCGAGAUCCAGAGGUGUUCCAGCAGCCGGACGACUUCCUGCCGGAGAGAUGGAGCGGAAGGAACGCAGGCCAGGAGCACUUCCUGUGUUCCUUUGGCAACGGGGCAAGAGGCUGCAUUGGAACUAAACUUAAUGAUGUCUUCCUUAAGGAAGCGUGCAUGUACCUGUUAAAGCACUACGACUGGUGUUUGGAUCCUCCAUCGCAGGACCUCGAGUACAAAUGGCUGCCUGUGUCUCGCCCGGCCAACCCCCCCACCAUUGCCUUUACCCAACUGGAUUUGAAGACAUCUGACAGUAGCGACAACGGCUAGGGAUGCACAGUAUGUUCAGUGAUGUACCUGCUGAUAAGUAAAAACAUAAAAAACAAAAAAAAAGAUAUAAGCAUUAGAAACUGUAGCUAGAGGCCAAAUAUGCCUGUCUAGAAUGUGCAGAACAAGCUGUAAAAUAUGUGAACACACGCAGAGGCGAAGCCGGCAAACUGUGAGGCUUUCCCCUGCUGCGUAUAAUACAGUAAUCGUCCUGGGGAAAGCCGAGGAGUGUUCCGGUUUCACUCUGUGUUCCUCUGCCAGAUAUUUUGCAGCUUCCCUUGAUGAAUCUGCAACACAAGACAAACUAAAUGACUCAUAAUCAUCCUUCCAUUGCUGAAUCUGACACUGCGAGACAGCAUUUUUUUGUCUGUUUUUUAAUGAGUAAAUUGCUUCUGGGUGAAAUCAGAAACACUUUCCUUUUUCCUGCUGAAGUUUGCUGUGAACAGAACUUACGUCCAAAACGGCAGCUAUCUUUGUGGUAGAACUCAUACGUUCUAUCCUCGCACUAGUAGUAAUAUUUAAAUCAAAUAAAUCCAAGGGAACACACACACGUGCACACACACAUGCAGAGGUAAGCCCUCAGAUACCUAACUGCAAACCUGUCUCCCCUCCCCCUUCCACCACCUAGCAACCACCGCUGCUUAGCAACAGUUCGUCAUACUGACACUGACUUUAGUAUGCAAGUCUCACACACACACACACACACACACACACACACACACUCACACACUCUAACUCUUUUUAAAGCAGUUGGCAGUGAUACACACCAUCUGAAUCACAUGUAAAUGAUGCCAGAAGGCGUUUGAGAGUGCACGCCUACGUUUUAAAUAACCUUUGUAACCUGAAGGAUUUUUAUUAGCACAUGAAUCAUAAACUGUGUCUGCUCCAGUGAUUUUAAAAAAUAAUAAUGUUUUAAUUUCCUAUUUAUUAAUAUUCAAGUGUGGUAUACAUUUGUUUGUUGUAUUAUAUUACAUAUUGUUUGCAUUUGUCUUUAAGUGCUGUAAUUGUUCAAUUUCCUUUUUUAUGUUGUCUUGUGGUUUGAAUUAUGAGACGUUUUCUAACUUCAUGUAAUGUUAGUUAGUACAACAUCUCAACUAUCAUGCUACUUUGUUCUUUUAUCAGCCUGUGUUUUGUAGUAAAAAACAAAACAAUAUUUGGCGUA